AUGUCCGCAUCGAUAGUAAUAGCAACGGCAAAAACAAUCAAUAACGCUUUGUUACACGAGUCUGCGAUCAACAAGGUUCGCGGGCAUGUCAACACUGACGACCAUGAUGGCCGGUCUCUUCAGAUCCUGAUCAUGAUUGAAGAUCAGGACAACCAGAAGGAGGCUGUCAGUAGUCUGAACGCCGAUGUAGAGCUCUGGUUCGUCACCAGGAUCAAGCCAUAG